GCACAUUUGCCUUGUUCAUCAGCCGGACAGUCAGGUCAGGCAGAGCGGGGGCACAACUUGGAUAUCCACUGUACUAUGUCAGUAAUUGCCUCAUCUGUGGAGAGCUGCUCGCCUUCUUCUUCCCCCGAACCCAGCGCCCAGCAGAGGAGUUCAUGCGGACAACAGACUCCCGUUUCCUUUUCACCAACUAUUUUCUAAGUUAUUGGAGCGAUAMACUUCUGAGAGGAGCACGAGCCGUAUCUGAGUUCGCAUCCGGUUUUGACUUAACUUUGCGCGUCUUGGUGCCACUUUGUAGCUGAUUUUGUUUAUUUAUUUAUUUUUUUUUCCUGCGUCCGAAAGGGGAGGGAGAAGGAGGUGGACUCGCGCUCAGUCGCCGGUCUCGUGGCUUCUUUGUAUACAGCAGCAGCAGCAGCAGCUGUGUGUAAAUGCAUGUUGGUGAACAGCGUCCGCCGCUCUGCUCCGUGAGCUUCCCGGGCUCCGUCCUACCUUCACGCAGGCUUCCUCAGACAUGAAGCGACUGCACCAGGUGUAGAAGAGGAGUACGGAAACUUUACCUGUCCCCCUCCCGCUUCCCCCCCCCUCCCCAGCUGCCGUGGUUAUCCUCCGUCUCUCUGCCGCGCUUUCUCUCCAUCCAUCCCUCUUGCUCUCUCUGUCUAUCUUGAGCGCUUGGAUUGUAAAAACGGCAGAAACAAGCAGGCUACAACUGCGCGCAGCUGCCUCACACGACAUGGAUGUAAGAUUUUAUCCGACUGCCGGAGGGAAUUCUAUCCCCGGAGAUCCGUCAAACCUGGACUUCGCCCAUUGUUUGGGCUACUACAACUUCAACAAGUUCCAGAAUAACAACAACUACAUGAACAUGGCCGAAGCGAAUGGCGCACUUCUCACUGCUGGGGAUACUUUUCAUACACCCAGCUUGGGGGAUGAGGAGUUUGAGAUYCCUCCCAUCACACCUCCACCUGAGACCGAGUCCAGUCUCGGGCCUGAAGUGAACUCGCCCUUUCCAGCGAUGCCAGAACCCCCAGCUCAACACAGAGGUCCAAUAAUUCCUCAGUUUCCCCCACAGAGUCUGGAGCUGCCCUCAAUUACCAUCUCACGCAACAUGAUGGACCAAGACGGGGUGUCUGUCAACAACGGCCAGCAUGUGAAUGUUGGGCCCGGUCAUCUGCGUCAGUACCCAUCUAACCCAUCCAUGGUCAUGAAGUCCAUCAUAAGCAUGAACAGUCCUAAUGGCAUGAUGUCACGGAAUCAGCUGUCCACCAUCAACCAAUCGCAGCUCAACGGACAGCUGAGUUUGAACAUGGCUGGACCCAACAUCAACCACACAUCGCCAUCGCCCCCUGCCAGCAAGUCAGCCACGCCGUCUCCAUCCAGUUCCAUCAACGAAGAUGACCAGGAGGACAGCAACAGGGUUAUCGGGGAGAAGCGGCCAGCCCCAAUCGAUCCCACAAAGAAGCCCAAGACUCCUAAAAAGAAAAAGAAGAAGGAUCCCAAUGAGCCCCAAAAGCCGGUUUCUGCCUAUGCCCUGUUCUUCAGAGACACCCAGGCUGCAAUCAAAGGUCAGAACCCCAACGCUACCUUCGGCGAAGUGUCCAAGAUUGUAGCCUCAAUGUGGGACGGCCUUGGAGAGGAACAGAAGCAGGUGUAUAAAAGUAAAACAGAAGCUGCCAAGAAGGAAUACUUAAAGGCCCUCGCAGCUUACCGUGCUAGCCUGGUCUCCAAGGCUGCAGCAGAAUCAGCUGAAGCUCAAACCAUCCGAACCGUUCAGCAGACCCUGGCCUCCACCAGUCUGUCCCCCGGCCUGGUGCUGCCCACGCCCCACAACCAGCACCCUGCCAUGCCGUCAGCUUCCCAGGCCCUGCAGCAAGCACUGCCACGGGCCAUUGCCCCAAAGCCUCUGCAGAUGAGACUAGGGGGCAGCCAUGUCGUGACUUCAGUCACGGUUUCCCACCAGAACAUGUCCUCCGGGAUGCCUCAGCAGCUGCUGGGCCAGAUGGGUGCCGGUGGGCCCAUGGCGGCGGGCGCUCAGUCCACAGCCGUGUCUCAGAUGAGCCCACCCAUGCAAUCAGUGCAGCAGCACACCAUGCAGCAGCUCCAGCAGCAGCAGCAGCAGCAACAGAUGCAACAGCACCUCCAGCACCAUCAAAUGCAGCAGCAGCAGAUGCACCACCAACAGAUCCAGCAGCAGAUGCAGCAUCAGCAUUUCCAGCACCACCUCCAGCAACAGCUGCAGCAGCACCACAUGCAACAGCAGCAGCAGCAACAACAGCAACAGCAGCAGCACAUGCAAAUGCAGCACAUGCAAAUGCAGCAUCAACUGCAUCAGCAGCAGAUUCAACAUCUCCAGCAGCAGCAGCAGCAACAGCAGCACCAGUCGCAGUGUUCUCCACCGCAGCACUCUCCUGGUACGCCACAUUCAGUGGGAGGCUCCGCGUCUCUUGGUAGUCCGCAGCCGGCCCCUCAGCAACAUCCCCACCCCUCCCAAAUCCAGGCCCACGCACAGGUCCUCUCCCAGGUCAGCAUCUACUGAGCCAAAUGGAAAUCCUAUCUCAAAGAACAGGAAUAGAAUAAAAGCAUCACUCCAUGUUGCUUUUCUAAGUUGCACUUAAGAAGUGUGUAAAAUUUAGAAUGUUAUAUAAAGAACCUGUUUAUUGUUGUAGACAGAUAUGCACAUACAUGUACAGGGGGGUCACCGUGUUAGCCGGGGGUUUUUGUCUAUGAAAUAGGCUGAGAACUGACAGCAGCCUGUCAGGCUGAGCGCCCAGUGGUCGUUUGUGUGACGUCUUUCAGUUGUUCAUUUGAACCGACCGGCUUCACAAAAUGCUGAAAGACGUUUAUCUCCCACUAUUUUAUUUAACAAUAAAGCUUUAUUUAUGAGGCCAGAGAUGUGAGAUCAGCACAGCGCGGGGAUAUUUGGAAAACAUUUGUAUCACUCCUUGCUUGGACUGAGUGACUCACUAGAUCUUCGCUGGAAACCAGGAACCCACACACCAAGUCUUUGUUCCCACACUGGCCAGUAUGUACAAGACUUUCUUUCCUCCAUCUUUCUUGCAGAUCUAACUGUUGAAGUCAUCACACGGGAAGGUGGCUCUGUGAUAUUUAAAGACACUUUCAAGCUAUGUCACAAAAGCAGACAAUGUCUUUGAAGAAUGAAGAGAACUGGAAAUAAAAGGUCUUUGGAAGCAGUUAUCUGGAUGAGUGACUGAACUGACAGAGACAGAAACUGCCAUAAAUCAUUUAUGUCAUCACACCAUCAAACUGUAGCUGUAAUCUGCUGUACAUGUUUUGUAGAGAGGGGAGAGACGAGAUCUCCUGUUUGCAGCAAUUCACCCUCCAGACGAUUUGCCCAAUUGUCUGGAGGAUGUAAACUGGCUUUUCCCACCCUUUACCCAUC